AUGACACUUAAGAGCUUAAACGCCUAUAGACUGAAUAAUACCCGUAAAGCUGAAAUAGAUGUCAUAUUUUUCAAUCGUUGUGCCAAAGUCGGCAGUGAAGCUCUUCUAGAGCUAAUUGAUGUUUUAGAAAAUUUCAAUGAAGGUUUAACCCUGGAACGUGAUGGCCUACAUGAGCCCACUAAGCGACAAUUCAACAAUAUCGAACAACGUGAACUGGCCGAGAGAAUUUCAGAACUUACGGACGGUUCCAUAUGGAUACAACAUGUUAAUUGGAUCGAUUUUGAAGAGUUUGAUUUGCCUAAACCGAUUUAUAUAAAUAUGGUGCGUGAUCCGGUGGAAAGAGUUAUAUCGUGGUAUUUUUAUGCUAGAGGUGCCUAUAAGAAUGCUAUUGAAUAUAAUAAAGCUCCCAAUAAGCCCAUGAGACCAGUAUCGUGGUAUAAAAAAGAUUUCAAUCAUUGUGUGCGUAGCGGUGAUCCGGAGUGUCAAUAUGUACCGUUUAGUGUUAAGGAUUAUGUGGGUAAUUUUAAGAGGCAAUCGUUAUUCUUUUGUGGUCAUCAUGAUGAUUGUAUACCAUUUAACUCACCCGCUGCUGUACAAAUGGCUAAAGAGCAUGUAGAACGUGACUAUGCUGUCGUAGGUACCUGGGAAGAGACCAAUAUUACUCUAACAGUAUUCGAAAAAUACAUACCGAAAUUCUUUAAUGGUGCCAAACUAUUAUUUGAAUUGAACAUGGAUAAAGUUACCAAUCGUAAUAAGAAUAAACGUAAACCGAAAAUUGAUGCUGAUGUCAAGGAAAUGAUACGUAAAAAUUUCACUCACGAAUAUGAAUUUUACUAUUUCUGUAAACAGCGUUUAUAUAAGCAAUAUUUAGCCGUUAGUUUGAAAGAGUUGCAGGCCCAUAAUUUAUUGGAUUAAGUUUUUAAGAAAUCUAUAUGUAAAUUUUUAAAUAAAAUCGUUCAAAAUUAAAGCAAAAAAUA